CAGGUUCAAACAUUGGCGGACUUGAGGUCCGGCUCAUUACCUCCGAAAGACUCGAGAGAACGGCGUUUCAAGGACGAAGGAGCAAAAACUGAGCCAGAGAGUAAUAACGAGGACACAACCGACUACUCGAGUAGCGACCAGUACGAAAAAUCAUCAACGGCAGUGAAAUCGAACGUUCCACCACCACCGCACUAUAACGUAUUAAUGGCAAACCCGUUGGCUGAUAUUAGCGUACCACCAAGUGUUUCCGAGAUAAGAGAUCUACCGCGAGGAGAAAGAGAUGUAAGGGAAUUACGGGGUGGCGAACGAAAGGAUGAUGAUGAAGCUCAACCCGGCACCUCGUCGUCACCACAACAGAAGAAAAUGCGCAGUGGUGGCAUAUUGCGAGGAGAGAUGGACUUCUCUCGUAUGUCUUUCAAUCCAAGGUUACAACAGCCUAUGUUUUCGAAAGAUCUCGAUGAACGCAUCGAGGAGGAGGAUCGCGCGGAAGCAACGACGCCAGUGAAAAAGAAAUUCGAGGAUGAUCGAAGAGAUGAACGACGUAAGAAGGAGAAGGUCACUGUUGAAUCGCUCUUCAAAGCCGAACCACCUUUAGCUGAGAGGCAGACAAUCUCAGCCACUGCGAAUCGGACAGAGCCGAAUCAGUCGACAUUGUUUCCUCCGAGCGUUGUUCCUCCUGGCGAACCGGCUAGUUCGAGCCUCGUUACAGCAAUGUAUCCUCCAAUUCGACGGCCAGUAGUCACCGUACUCAAUCGGGAAAGACCUCCACCGGAUAGUGCAUCGGUGGCAACAUCUAUGUAUCCCAAGAUAUCUGUUAAAAGACCGGUGAAAAGUCCAACAAGGGAUGUGAGUAAAUGAGU